UUAAAGUGUCAUCUUCGUUAUCACUUAUUUCACACUGGCUGGUAUAUUUUUUUGAUACGUCAUUGAUAAAAAAAAUAUUUGCCUGAAAUGUUUUUUGACCUAAAUUAAUUUCACAUCAUGUAAGACGUAUUGACCUAGUUUUGGUAACUUUUAGUGGUUUUUUGUACCGUGAUGAAUUUCCGGACAGAGCGUGAAGUGUGGAAGAGAAGUUUAAUCAUCACACAGACAGAGUUCUGGUAAAUCAGACUCUAAUAUGAAGCUUCCAAAAAUGGGCGGCGUUCUUGGCAAACUGUUCUCCGCGGGAGACGUGCAGGCCGCGGGUUCGGUUCUCGAUCGGGUCAUAUCGCAACCGAAUACUGAGGAGCACACUGUAUUGUAUAAACUUGCGGAUUAUAAAAAGGGUGGGUUAUUGCUCGAAACGUACGCUCGCGGCGGCAUGGUGGCAGCGGAGAAGCUGAUCCGUGAGGAGUUCGCCGCGUACAUGUAUGCGGGAGGACGCGGCCGCGUCAUCAACCGCGCCGAGUACCUUCGCUGGAAGUUCCGAGACCAGGAGCAGGUGGUCCUACCGAUUGAAGCGUCCCUCUCCCCCCACGAUCCCCUGGCCAAAUGGGAGGACCACAUGGCUUGCUGGCAGAUGUGCUACCGCGGGGCUCUGGGGGAGUCUCUGUUGCACGUGCUCAUCAUUUGCGAUACCAAGAUUCACACCAGACUUGCUAGGACUCUGGUCAAAUGUUUUCCAAAACUGUCUUCAGAUGUUGUGGAAGGAGAGGAAUAUCUAGGUGCAAGCUCCCUACACCUGGCAAUAGCGUACAGCAACAACGAAUUGGCCCAAGACUUGGUGGAGGCUGGAGCAGAUGUCAUGCAGAGAGCCAUCGGUAGUUUUUUUCUUCCACGCGAUCAGCAACGAGUACCUCCUACAAGACAAACGAACUACGAAGGUUUGGCGUACCUUGGGGAAUAUCCACUUGCAUGGGCAGCUUGCUGCGCCAACGAAGCAGUGUAUAAUCUGCUGCUGGACUCUGGGGCAGAUCCUGACGCCCAAGACUCUUUUGGGAACAUGAUUUUACACAUGGUCGUAGUUUGCGACAAACUGGAUAUGUUCGGAUAUGCUCUACGUCACCCGAAGGUGCCUGCAAGUAAUGGGCGUAUGAACAAAGCAGGGUUCACGCCCCUCACCCUGGCUUGUCAGCUUGGCCGCGCCUCUGUAUUCAGGGAGAUGCUGGAGCUAUCAGCCAGGGAGUUCUGGCGGUAUUCUAACAUCACCUGCUCUGCGUAUCCUCUAAAUGCGUUGGACACCUUACUGCCAGAUGGGAAAACCAACUGGAAUUCAGCUUUAUUCAUCAUUCUCAACGGUACAAAACAAGAGCAUCUAAACAUGUUGGACGGUGGUAUCAUCCAAAGACUGUUAGAAGAAAAGUGGAAGACGUUUGCAAGGAAAAAGUUCCUCAAGCGGCUCAUGAUCCUGAUGCUGCACCUGCUUCUUCUCUCCGUCUCCGUGUACCUUCGACACAGCAGCGGGGAAGCAGACGCCCACCCCAAUUGGGGGCUGGAGGUGACGGAUGCCAGGAGUGGGAUCCGUCUGGCUUGCGAACUAGGCACCAUUUGCAGCACCCUGUGUUACAUUAUAUUGCAGCAAGGAGACGAGAUCAAGAACCAGGGGAUGGUUGCUUACUUUAAGACUUUGAUCCACGAGCCAGCUCAGUUCAUUUUCCUGGCCUCGAACCUGCUUCUCCUGGCUUGCAUCCCGGCGAGGCUCUCUCAGCAAACCAACACUGAAGAGGCCAUCCUCAUCUUCCUGCUUCCAGGCUCAUGGUUUCUUCUUAUGUUCUUUGCUGGUGCCGUGCGCCUGACCGGGCCCUUCGUGACGAUGAUCUACAGCAUGAUCACCGGAGACAUGUUCACCUUCGGCAUCAUCUACUGCAUCGUGCUGUUCGGCUUCUCACAGUCGUUCUACUUCUUGUACAAAGGCUUCCCUAAUGUGCAGUCGACGUUAUACUCAAGCUACCCCAGCACUUGGAUGGCUCUCUUUCAAAUUACCUUAGGAGAUUACAGUUACACGGAGCUGGGCCAGACCACAUACCCGAACCUGACGAAGACGGUGUUCGCGGUGUUCAUGGUGUUCGUGCCCAUCCUACUGCUCAACAUGUUGAUCGCUAUGAUGGGCAACACGUACGCGCACGUCAUAGAGCAGUCGGAGAAGGAGUGGGUGAAGCAGUGGGCCAAAAUAGUGGUCUCCCUAGAACGAUCCGUGGGCCAAGAGGACGCCCAUCGCUUCCUCCAGGAGUACUCCAUCGGGCUCGGGCCUUCAGAUGACCCUCGCUACGAGCAGCGCGCCGUCAUGGUCAUCAAGUCCAAGGCCAAAACCCGGGCCAAGCAGCGGAAGGGCGCGCUUACCAAUUGGAAGCGCGUUGGCAAAGUGACGAUAGCGGAGUUACGGAGACGCGGCAUUAGCGGAGAGGAGCUGCGGCGGCUGAUGUGGGGCCGCGUGUCCAUCUCCACGCCCACUAAGGCGCCCCUGAAUCGACGUGGUGCCGCGCCGCCGCCUGACUGUGUGGUGUCGGGAGACGUAGGCCUGGCCACUGAGGUCGGCACUGGAGUCGCGCCCGCCUUGUCAUCGGCCCUGAACGUCAUGGCCUUUACGGAGCUGGAACUUAGUACUACUGGAACUAUAGUUUCAGACCCAAAUCAGAAGCAGCCAACGCCAGAUCUUCUCGUCAACGGCAAAGGUUCCAAGCCUUUAACCGUUCCUGGUCAGCCACAAGUGACGUCAUCGUCCAAUCUACUCGGCGUUCACACACCCACAGUGAAGACGUCAGGAAUUUCAACACUUCCUACUGCUCCUAAGACUCCAAUAGUAACAAGUCCCCAACCUGGUCAAACUCCUGGGUUCGUGCCAGCCAAAACUCCAGGAGCACCAGGCUUAGCGACACCUCAACCUGGUCAAACUGCUUUUGUGCCAGCCAAAACUGGAGCACCAGGUUUAGCGAUACCUCAACCUGGUCAAACUGGUUUUGUGCCAGCUAAAACUCCUGGAGCGCCCGGUGAAAUGUUGGGCGUGUCAGGGUUGACAAUGCAGAAAACUCCAUCGACACCAGCUGCCCAAAUGCAAGGGAUCAACCAAGGAUUGGCUCAGAACGUGCAACCGAUUCCUAUAGUGCAGCCCCCACCGCCGCCAGUGGAAGUGUUCAGGGACUACCUGUUCGAGCUGGUCACGAUGGCCGCUAUCACAGAGCCGACUGAUCCAGCGUUGAGGAGCCUCGCCGAGAAGGCUGCGGACCUUGGGCAUGUGCCUGAGAUUGACAUCAGCAUCACUACCGCAGCGAAGUCAGCCCGCAAGAUGGUGGCGGGCGCAGUGUCGGGUCUCUUCGGAGUGGCCGCCGACGCGCCCACCGCCGACUCGGGUUGGCGCCGGGAGCGGCAAGACCUCAGCGACAGCGACCCCAUAUCAGUAUCAGUGCUCCUGGGGCGCGCGUCCCGCGCCCGCCGCGCUCGGUCCGCGUCACGCCGCGCCCCGCCCCCUCCGCCUCACCUCUACGUGCCAGCAAGGUCCAUGUAUUUGGUGGCAUCAGAAAGCAGCGCGAUGGAAAGCGACGCCCCUAUUGAGGAUCAGCCAAGUUCGGGAAAUAGCUCAGCGAUAGGUGGUCGGCGAGACGAUGCAGCGAGGAUCAAGGCAGCGCGGCCACUCUGCAUCCAGCACGCCACAGGCGGACCCCAAGUGGAGCACUCAAUGUUAAUAGCAGGCCCUGGGAAUGGAGCUGAAGCAGAAAGCGGAGCCCCUGCGCCUCCGCCGAAGCAUUCGAGGAAGACGCGACCGAAGACUGCAAGAACGAGACGAAACCGAGUGUCUCCAGUUCCUGAAGCCACGAGUCCUUUGGAGCCCUGGGCUACCGCGCCGUUGUCCAGGCUCUCUAGGCUAAUACGGUCUUCGAGCGCCUCCACUGCGUCUCUCGCCUCCCGCUCCUCCGAUGAGUCUCCAAAGAGGUAUUAGGUAACCAGGAUUUUAUACUAAGCACCCAAUGAUGAAGACUUCAAUGAGCAUAAAGUCUAGAUUCGAAACUCCAAAAAUAAGUUCUAACUUCGAGUUAGACAAAGCUACGUAAAUGAAGGGCAAUUAACCAAUCAUUUAAAUCUACAUUGAAUCACUUAUUCUGUCUUGCUGUUCAAUUAAACUUAUUGGGAUCAAAGGCGGUUACUUAGGUUAGGACAGAAUUUCAAAUUGACUUGAUUGAUGUAAAAGGAGCGCGAAUUGUUAAAGUUGUAAAUGUUGUAGGUAAUCGAGAAGAGUAAAUAAGUUAUGGAUGAUAUCAUCAUUAGGAUAAGAAAGUUUUGUAAUCUAAGUAAAUAAAUUAAAUUGGGACCCUAUUUAAUUUACCUACAAACAUUCUAAACUCUUGGCUGUAAUAACGAUAUUCUGAUGUUGUCUUCUACCAACUGUGAAUGUGAACUGUACCUACCUAUUAAAAUUGAGCUAUUUCGUGUUUUUCUUACAAUUUCUAGAAGUAAGUAAGGACGGAAAGUAUAAAAUAUCAAUAUAUUAAAUUCUAUCAACAUGCUAAGUACCAAAAUCUAGUUAUUCCUGCCACAGCAUCAAGUAAAAUAUAAAAUAAACUGUCUUCGUUUUAGCUAAUGAUUUGUUUUUUAACUUUGUUUAUUAAACUGUUUAAUCUUUUUAGAAAUAAAUUACCUAACUUAUCUACCUACGUCCUCUUAUGUAGGUUUAAUUUACGAGUUUAUGAAAGACGUUGAUUAUUAAAAUUUUGUGAUUGUUUUAAUUUAAAUAUUUAUUUAGCAUUAAAAUAAGCGUAUAUGUAAUUAAGUGUAAGUUGUACGUUUAACAAUUUUUGUAUCCGUGCAUUUGAGGUCUAGUCGUAAGUAUUGAGCUACAAGUAAAAUGUAAGUUAUAUUAAAAAGUAGGAUCUACAAUGAAAUAAAACAAGCCCAUUACAUGCAAAUAGUUUAUUUCGUCCGGCGAUACGUCCAACUGUGAAAAUGAAGUGACGGUAAUAGUGCAAGAAAUAAAUAUCAUAGACAAUUAUUACAUCAUCAACAUCACACAGUAAGUAAUAAAUAAGUAAUUUAUCAAUUUGGGCAAAUAUAUCAGUAAAUAAUAAAAAAAAACAUAAUUAAUAAUGAAAACUAUUAAAAAGUUAUGCAAGUAAAUGGUAACACACACAUUGUAAAAAAUAAAACAGUAAUGCGCCGAAUAACUUUUCAAUUUUCGAUUUCAAUUCAAGUUUUUCAAAUGCCAAUGUGGACUUUCUAAGACGAAAAUUUUAAAUAAAUCCAGCGUUUGCUCUUGAAAAUCUCGAACCAGAAUUGGGCGAAAUCUUAAAAUAGUCAUACGGUGCAUCAAAUCAAUAAAAAACAAAAAUAAAACAGAAAAAAUAGUAAAAAUCGGACUACGAAACACGUAAAAUGUAAUCAAAUUGCUGGAUUAUUUUAAAUAAAUAUAUUUGCCUCUAUACAUUCAUUCUAUGACGACAGGUAUUUGACACCACCAAAAACCGAUAUUAUAAUUUUUUAUCAUAUUUUAUUUGCAGACUUUAAAUUUAAAUGCAAUAGGUUGUCGAAGUCAAGGUAAGUGUUGCCAUUUAUGUAAAUAAUUAGUUACCUUUUGAUGAUAUCUUUUCAAGUAUAAUAAAAUUAUGGUAGGUAUUUGUGAACGGUGUCAAGUACCAAAUUAUCUAAAUGACUAAGCGACGUAGAUAAUGAUAUUACUAAUUAAUUUAUUUAAAGUUUCACUAGCACGUC